AUGAAGCUCUUCAAGUUCCUCGCAACGAUGGUCUUCUUCUCCUUUAUGCUCUACAACUACUCGGAGCAAAAUCAGGUGGAUGUGCUGUGCUCGACCGAUUGGUUCAUGGUCACAGUCCACCCCUUCUUGCUGAAUAAUGAUGUGUACGUCCACUUUUAUGAGGUGCAUUUGGGCCUGGGAUGUCCUCCCAACCAAGUUCACCCACACUUCUACGAGUUUACCUACCGCGUCACGGAAUGUGGCAUCCGUGUCAAGGCCGUCUCUCCAGAUGUCGUUAUCUACAGCUCGGAGAUUCACUACGCUUCCAAGACCUCAUCAUCCAGAUAUGUGAUCCCCGUGUCGUGUGCUGCCCCUCGACGGUCCCCUUGGCUCACCAAGCCCUACUCCACGAAAGCUGGAAACAACAACAAUGCCGCGACCCCGAAGAAUGGGACGAGCUACCACGUGUUCAGCUUGCCAGAGCUGAGCCAGCAAGUUAACUGCAGCUGUCCGCCUUCUGUCUUCGAGCAAAAGAGCAUGUAA